AUGGACAGUUUCGAAGCGCAUCCUGUUAAUAAAUCUCCACCAAUCCGUCGCGAGUCCAAGCGAGUUCCCUCAGACCUGAGGGAACUGUACCGAACGUCGGCUGAUGGUUAUGAUGAGCCUACACUCGUAUAUCUGAAGUCAUUGUCGAACGGUCUGCCAACGACACCCAAUCUGCCACCCACGCCACCUACGGCAAACGGCGAGUCUGCCGAGACUGUGCCUCUCGAGCCGUCCCCUGAUGCUGGGCUGUGUCGAUCGAAGCCAGUGACCCCUAUCAAUCAGAACAGUCCUCCCACGCCGGACAUCACACCUCCUGCGGAGCUCAAGCGGCCCGUACCGAGACCGUUCCUUGGAACCCAACCUUCUUUGACUUCAACUCGUGCCGAGUCGUUCAAAACCGCAAGAGAGGACAUAGUCUCCGACGAUGAUUCGACUACUCAUGUUGCGGAUUAUCCGACGCCCCGAACUCGAAGGUUGCCGGCACUGGACCUCGGUGGAUUAUACCCAAGCCCUGAGAAGAUAGCAGUAGCUGCAUCACCAAUACCAAGCCGCCUCAGGCUAGCGCUGCCGAUGGGCAAGGACGAAGAACAGGCCGAAGUGUUUGUGGACAACCCAUCGACAGCUCAUGCAACAGCAAUUCCCCAGGAGGCAGGCAUUCGACACGAAACAAAGGGCGAAACUGUAAGAAAGCCAAGAGAUCAUACACCGAGUCCUUCCCGCGACACUGCCCCGAAGCAUUCGUUGCUCAAGGACGAAAAGCGGUCGCCGGCGCCGGACGAAAGUCGAAUUAAAGUCGAGAAAGUGCGCAGAGGCCCUAGUCUGAGGGAUCGGCUGAAGGCUGUGGAUAAGGAGUCUCCUUCUGCUUCAACAGAGAAGUUCGCGAGCAUUAUUGGUUGGAGCAGCGCAGUCGCCCACGAGCAGCCUACAGAGAAGCGAAAUUCUGCAGCAUCAACAACUUCUACGAUUGGUGCCCUGGUGCUCGAAACGACACCAUCACCCAAGAAACGAGGAACGCUUCGCAAGAUAACAAAACAGGACUCUCUGCGAUCCGCCAGCUCACCCUUACCUGCUUCUCAGACGCUGAGUGUUGACUCGGCACAUCGACUGAUUCACAAGAAAGCCAGACUGAGCAACGAGAAUCGUUGGAGCUUUGGCUCAGAGGUUGCUAGAUCACAUAGCCUGUCGUCUAGCAUCGUCCAGCCAAAGGUCGAGAUCAUCAAGGUCGCUGUCAUCCCUGAACGUACUUCAUCCCUGCGCAGUUCUUCUAACCCAAGCAGUAAGAGACACUCGCUCUCUGGCAGCUCGGGCAGAACACAUUCAAAGAAAGCGCCGGACAACAAGCCUCCUACUUCAUGGCAACGCAAGAGAACGCUCUCAGAAUCGCAGUCCGAUCGUGGAAGAGGCGAGCAGCCUAAGGUGGUAGUACCACCCAGGAGCUCGUCGCUGUCAGCGCCUACGUCUCGUACUACGUCUCGUGCCAAUUCGAUAACCUCUGAGAAGUUCAGAAGACAGCGAAAAGAGGCCGAAACUGAAUUGCGACGGACACUGGAUCGCAUGGAAUCAGAUCGUCUGAUCUCGUCACUCCGAAGCCUGUCAAAUGAACGAGGCCCAGAUGAGACGCCCUCAAAGCCUCCCCGACGAUCGGCUUCAUCCUCUCAGCCGGAUCCAAGUCUGCUCCAGCCGACGCCAGGAACGUCUGAGUGGGCGGCCCUUCGUCCACCGUCGAUUUUAGAGACCCCUUUUUCUCAGCCAUCUUACAAGUCUGCCUCGCCCGAACUGCGUGACGCCACGGCAGUUAACUUCUUCCCUCACAACAAUCACUCGUUGCAGCUUAUAGAGCCAAACAUCACGAGCGAGUCACGCGCAGUCAAGGAAGUACGCAAACAGCAUUACAUUAAGGAUGCUGAUGCUUUGUCAACUCGAAGUCCGUUGCGAAACCCUCGAGAGGCACCGCAGCCACCAGCACUAAAUAUCAUACCUGCUACGCCAAACACGGAGACAGAUGCUAAUGAGUUCAAGCCGAGCGCGGUGUCGAAGCGGCCAAGCCAACGGCGCAGGUCUGAAAGUUUCGUGCAGGCCUUGACACGUGGGCUCAGUGUUCGCAACCCACAAAACCGCAAGAAAGGUCAGCAACUAGAUGGCUCUUCGCAUCCGUUCUGGCGACCACAAGGCUUCUGGGACAGCUUCGAGGAUCCGCACCCGAAACCAGGCGAGGAGCAAGACAUGCAAGUGCACAAUUCACUCGGUUUGCCUCAGGAGCGAACCGUCAUCAGGGGGCCAGUGAGUCUAGUGAGGCGGAUCUCGCAACGCCGAAGAGAGAAUCAGCUUCGGAUGCUGGCGAAGCAAGGGAGCUCUAACAGUCUGGCCAAGAUUCGGGCGAGCCACCAGCUAUACAAGACAUCGAUACUGGGUAUCAAUAUGCCCUUCAGCCGGUUUGUCAAUAUGCGGGACCGGGUACUUUUUGCAAAACAACGAAAGGAGGACGAAAGGCGGGAACGACGGAGGCAAGAUAUUAGAGACAGGAUUGGCAAAGAGGUUGUACGGCAGGGUGACAGUCGAUUUUUGAGGAGUCAGGAUAGCAUGAGAGCGAUACGUGUUGGGCCAUGA